AUGGAGACCAAUGACGAUUAUACAAUGGCCGAAUUAUUGCGUAUAGCGCUGGGUUCGCCACAAUUGAAUAAAGAAAAUUUACAUUUGUUGCAUGCUUUGUUACGGUAUUUGCUAAAUCGAAUGGAUUGUGAAUGUGAGACAAUCAUCGUUGAGGGCGUCGAGGCUAACUGUUUAAAAGAAUUAUUGCCGCAUUGCGAAGAGCCGUUAAAGUUGACCAAAGCGGAUGCAUAUAGCUGCAAUAUCAAGGGGGCCAAACGUUCCAAAAAAAUCGACACUUUGGAUAAACAUUUAAUGAAUCUGGAAGAAAAAUAUGCCGAGCAUUUGUCGAAAUUAUGUGAAUGUAGUCGAGUUAAGGAUAAAUUAUUCGAUAUUAGAAUGUGGGAUAAGUACUCGUCGCAAAACGAAGAUUUAUGCACAUGCCCGGGCUUAGAUGCCAGAGAGUUUUGCAAAUUCCUUAAUAAUGGAUAUUUUAUUUUUAAAUUACGUCAUAACAUAUUGGUUCCGGUAUUAGAGAAAUUCGAUGAAUUUGAGAAAAUUAUCGAUAAACUGAAUCAAGCGCUCGCUGACUUUGUCAGUAAUACCGAAGAAAAUAUGAAUCGUUUACAAAUGGUCGAUUCGAUAACCUAUGAAAUUGCCGCGUUACAUAAAGCAUUCGAUUCCAAUAUAGUUACGUAUAUCAAUGCCAUCGAAGAAGUGGAUGAUAUGCUGAUCGCUAAAACGGAUCGCAUCUUUCUACCAACGAUAACCAACUGUUUGAAGAAGAAUUUUAAACGAGCUGAGAAAAAUAUUAAGCAAUUGAGGAAAAAUAAAAUGCUUUGCCCGAAAACGACCCUGAUUCAGGUUACACCUGACCAAUGUUUGUCGUGUAGUUUUAACAUUAAUCCGAAUGCACGUAUCGAGUUAAAAUCGCCGAAACGACGUCACAGGGAAUGCAGCGAAAUCAAAUGCUUUGAUUGGCUAGAUUAUAAGUCGCCCCUUGAGAAAAAGAUUGCUGUAGCCCGAGAAUCAGCAGUAAAAGAACGCCAAAAAUCCAUAGUAGAUGAACCCAGUGAUCUAUCCCUUUUCAAUGAAUCUAUUAAAACUGUAAUGACCUCUUUAACCAGCUUAUUUACACGCUAA